AUGACCACACCCUCACAGUCUUCCAACGAACCUCAACUCGACGACAAAAUCUCCUCCAUGAAAAUCCCCAUCAACCCACAACGAGCCAGCACCCUCACGACCAACCUCGAACACAUACAUUCUCGCAUCUCUUCCGUCUUCUCGCAACAGCCUCCUUCAGCGCACCUCCCCCCUUCUACGCCUCGCCUCGUCGCCGUCUCCAAACUGAAGCCGGCCUCCGACAUCCUGACCCUGCACAACCCACCGACCUCGCACACCCAUUUCGGCGAGAACUAUGUCCAAGAACUCCUCGAGAAAUCCCGCCUCUUACCGAGCAGCAUAAAAUGGCACUUUAUCGGCGGCCUGCAGUCGAACAAAGCCACACAACUCGCAAGGGACGUUCCGAGCCUGUGGGCCGUCGAGAGCGUUGAUUCAGAGAAGAAAGCCACACUCCUCGACAAAGGUCGUGCGCAAUCGUCGAACACAACAGAGCCCCUCCGCGUCUUCAUACAAGUCAACACCUCGGGCGAGGAGUCGAAAUCUGGGGUGUCUCCUGAUUCGGAGGAGCUGGUCAAUUUGGCGAAACACAUCCGCGACAAAUGCGAGCAUCUCCAUCUCCAGGGGUUGAUGACGAUCGGGGCGAUAGCCCGGUCAAAAGCGACGACUCCAGAGACCGAGAACGAGGAUUUUAUUUGUCUCCGCGAAACAAGGGAUAAACUAGCCCAAGCACUCGGGAUAGAGGAGGCGUCGUUGGAACUGAGUAUGGGUAUGAGUGAAGACUUUGAGGGCGCGAUCCGCCAGGGCAGCAACGAGGUCAGGAUUGGGAGUACGAUUUUCGGCGAGAGACCGGCCAAGAAGGACGCGAAGGUUCUAUAG